GGACAAUGCAAUGAGUCGUCGAGACCCACCGUAGUAGACUCUCACGCAAUGAUGCAAUGAUUCAGCGCCGAUUGUAUGCAGUGAGUGGCUCUAUGACGGAACCUCGUGAGAGGGGUCGUACUCUGGUAAAUCAAGGACUGUUGGAAAAGGGUAUCGAGGGUACCGCCGUUUUCUAUCUCUCGGCAUUCUGUCUCUCGGCACCCGAGUAAUCACCUGUUUUCUUCACGACAGCACAGAGAAACGCUGAUCAGAGCUUGUGUUUAACAUGGAGGCAAAAGCAAUCGAAUUCAUCAACGAGGUGGCAUCAAGACCUGGCAACGAACAUGUCGACUCGAUAUGGUAUUCCGUCGCGGCGUGCGCGUUCGCAGGCUGCAACGAGGGCCCCAUGGUUCCUCACGUCUACCGGGCAGCGAUCGCUCGACACCCAGACGACGCGGAAGCGCGGAGAACAAUUUUGCGGAGGAUGAAAGAAUCGCUCAUCAACGGUGCUUUCAUCUACGGAGACCCUCGACUGCUCAAUGCCUUUUAUCCGCUCGCCGAAGCCAUCCCGGACCAAGAGUCCGUGGAUCGAGUAGUGGUAAGGAAGGACAUCGAGAACCCAUACGACAUGACAGGUCGUGGGGAGGAAUACAUGAGACGCGUCUUUGGUGCGUCCGACAUGGAUCGAUUCCUCAAGACCAUGGAUGAUUAUUGGCCUGAUCUUCGCAAGUUGGUCGUGAACUAUUGCUACGGCAUGUACCAGUCCGAGCGAUCUGUGCUCACUGAUCUCGACACAUCGCGACUGUCUCUGGCGUCAUUGGUGACCAUGGACGUGCCGAAGCAACUCGGCUGGCACAUGCGCGGGUUCAUCAAUCUGGGAGGCACGCGCGCGGAAUUAGUCAAGACGCUGGACAUUGCGAAAACCAUUGUGGACAUCACGGGUGUUAAGCUGAAAAAUGAGUUGCCGGAUAUUGACGAGACUAUCACUGCGGCUAAGCUGGUGUGAGAAAGGGACACGGAGGGGGGAGGCGCAUGACGACACCAGACAGAGGCAUAUAUGCACUGGAAUUAAUCGGUGAUAUAAAAACUCAUUGGUGACAUCGCAAUACUUUCAGUGAAUCCCCCCCCUCCCCCGCACCCCCCCCUUUUUUUUUUCUUUUUCGUUGAGCGUACUGUAAUUACAUGCCGAAAGAGAGAGAGAGAAAGAAAAGGAAUGAAUCCG